GGGAGCUUCCUUUUGUAGUACAAAUACCAUUUUCACAUCUCCACUAACAUCUGGAGUUCUGGCUGAACUUAGAAAAGGACAUGAAGUUUGUGUGAAGCCUCCAGGAUGCGGCUGCAGAACUGGUUCAGAAUUCCAGUAUUAAUACUGGUCUUGGACUUAUUACACGAUCGAGCAAUUGGUCAGGUAACAGAAAACAGGAUUCUCCAAUUGACCUCUGGAGUUUGGGCAGCUUGGGGUCCUUGGACUAGCUGCUCCAGUUCAUGUGGAGAGGGAGUGACACUAAGAACCCGCAAUUGCCAAAGGGAUAAUAUAGCGGUAGCAUGUGCAGGAGUACAGCGGCAGUAUAAGUCAUGCCAGCCUAAGCUGUGUCCAGCAGAUUCAGUGCCUUUUAGGAAUAUACAGUGUACCCUCUACAACAACAAACCCAUCCCUGGCUCAUCUCAUCAAACAUACAUCUGGGUGCCAUUUUAUGGAGGUCCCAUUCCCUGUGAUCUGAACUGCUUGGCUGUUGGAUUCAACUUUUAUUACAGUUUUGGAAGAGUGUUAGAUGGAACUAGCUGUGGACCAGACUCUGAUGGUACUUGCAUCAAUGGUCAAUGUCAGACAACAGGCUGUGAUGGCAUUUUGGGCUCUGGGAUGAAGAACGAUUCAUGUGGAAAUUGUGGUGGCAAAAAUGACUCUUGCGUUCACAUUAAGGAUGUAUAUCGGCUUCAUUAUCCAUCUACAGAAAUCUUUGGCUAUAAAAAUGUGACACGUAUUCCAGCUGGUGCAAUGCAUAUUAAGGUGGUUGAUCAAAGUCGAAACAUAUUAGGAAACUCAGGAAGUGCGUGCGAGACAUGGCGAGGCACAGCUCUCGCAGGCUUCAGUGACGUCGCCCCUGCUGGGGAACACCCACUUUUUCCUGCCGGGAGCUCACACAAUGUGAACAAGGGGAAAGCCCUGAUGAGCUUGAGGACGGGCUACGUGAUUAAUGGGAACUGGGCAAUGUCCAGGUCUGGAGUGUACAAAGUGGCAGCGACAGAAGUACACUAUUCCCGUGCCACAGCCAGUCAUGAAAUCUUGGAGGCAUCUGGGCCUACUGAUGAGGAUUUGUAUGUUCUGGUUCUAUUUCAGGAACAGAACCCUGGCAUUGAAUAUGAAUACUGGCUACCAAAAGACAGUUACUACAACAUACAAAGGGAUUCACAAACUCCACAGCAUCCAGGCGAUUUUGCUUUGGAGACUUUGGUUCGUACACCUGUGUCCACUCAUGAAGGAGACAUAGCAGAGAAGGAAAAGAAAAAUGACCAUUUUGGUAACAAAACAGAUUGCCAGAAGUGUAUGCAGUUCAAGGGCAAAUCCCAGAGGAAGAAACAAUAUUGUCAGAGUGAUUUUGUAAUCCGAGGCAAGAUUUGGGGGAAGAAGACAAUAGGCCAGGAGACACGCUAUGACGUACAAAUUAAACAUGUUUACAAAAACAAGUUCCCUCUUGUGCAUCGAGAAUACAUUUGGGUAUCUAACAAAUGUGACUGUCCUAAGCUUCAAGAUCGUAAAGAAUAUAUAAUGAUGCCUUCUAAACAUGUGAACUAUGAGCGCACUCUGAACAGAAUCCUGCUCACCAUUAAUAGCUAUGUCAGACCCUGGUCACAACGUGAGGACUACCAGAUGGGAAGACUAAACCGACUGUGCAGAACAACCUCCUGAGACCGUCACACAACAGCCUCCUUGUUAUAUACAUGCAGACGGUGAGGCCCAUAGCCAUCAAAAAUAAGAACAGCAAGCUGAAUGCAGAAUUGAUUCCAAGUAAUACUAUAACUGAGAGCACCUGUGACAUGGGACACAUUAAGCCUGGAAUGUUUUAUUUAAUAGUAAUAUAAUUUAUAGAGAAGUUAAAAUAAUGUACUAAAGCACAAAAAUGGGUAGGUUCACAAUCCAUUUUUGCUUCUCAUUGUUUUGUGUUUGGGCUUUUAUUGAUUUUUUUCCCCUG